AUGUCUACAAAAAUGACUGCAGUUCUGCUGCUGCUACAGCUGAGUAGUCACUUUGGUUCUGGAAGUUGUGGAAAGGUGCUGGUGUGGGCAAUGGACUUCAGCCAUUGGAUCAGUAUGAAGACAAUACUGGAGGAGCUCACACAGAGGGGGCAUGAGGUGACUGUUCUGAGACCUUCAGAAUCAAGGUUUGAUGUCAUUCUUUCAGAUGCCAUUUGUCCCUGUGGUGAGUUGCUGGCUGAAAUUCUUCAAAAACCAUUUGUGUACACUCUGCGCUGCUCUCCUGGUUACACAGUGGAAAAGUACUCUGAAAUGGAAGACUUUGUCCAAAUCUCAGAAGAAAACGGUGUCAUGGUGUUUUCUCUAAGGUCAAUGCUUGGUGCCCUGACUGAAGAAAGAGCUAACAUGAUGGCAUCAGCCCUUACCCAGAUUCCACAAAGGGUUUUAUGGAGAUUUGAUGGCAAGAAAUCAGAUACAUUAGGACCCAAUACUCCACUUUAUAAGUGGAUUCCCCAAGGUGACCUCCUUCAUAUGACCUGGGAAAUAAAUCAUGAAAUAUGA